AUGGGUUGCUUCUUCAUCUGUGUGUUUGCAGUGCUGAUAAACAAAGUCUCUCUGCAUGUCACAGUAGAGGCUGUUAUUGGUGGUUCUGUUGUUCUGCCGUGUGAACAUAAUCAUAAACUUAAAGAUACUGAUGUGCAUUGGAGAGACAAAGACAGCAAGAUUGUGUAUGAUAUAAUUAAGGGUGAAGAUUCAGUAGCAGAACAAGACCCACGGUACAAGAACAGAGCUGAAACUUUCCCAAAGGAGUAUCUGAGAGGAAACUUCUCCAUCAAACUCAACUAUCUUCAACACACUGAUGCAGGAAAGUUCAACUGCUUCAUCACACCCUCAUCUGAUCUUCACACUGUACAUCUCAUCAUCAAUGCAGAAAAGGGAAAUAAAACCACUGAACAAGAAAACCAAGGACCAGAAACACAGUCAGACUGGAUGAAGAUAUUAUUGAUUUGUGUUUGUACUGUACUUGUAACUUGUACUGUAGCCUGUUUUAUGUUUCACUGGAGAAAAAGGAGUUCAAGCUGCCUUAGAAGGAACAGUGGCACACUUGUAGUUACUUUUAGCUAAAUUAGUACAGCUUUCAUUGUUUCUUUGUGGUGCACACUACUGUUAAGGCAUGUAUUACAGUAAGUAUUAAACUUUUUGUGCUGUUAUACUCUUGCUGUUUUACACUAAAUUGAUAGAACAGAAUGUGUGCUGCUUGUUCUUAUUGUAUAACAGAAUGAGAUCUUGAAACACUAAAACAGGAAUGUGUUUUUUUUUUUGCUGACAAUCCUGUCAAUAUGUUGCUGCCUUAACAAUUCUGUACCACAAGUGUUCUUUCUUCAUGUUGUGUUUUGCCAG